UAUAAAUUAUUGAAUCUAAGAUCAUUUUAUUCAUACCAGUGAGAGGACUUGAAGAUUGAUAUCUCAAAUUUUAAAACUCCGAACAACCUUACUCUUAAAACUCAAACUUAUCCAACUGAAAACUUCUGAUUCAAGACAUGGAUGUAAAUAAAAUUAUAAGCAAGAUUUGGAAUGGGGACUUUGAAGAUGUGAAACGAUUUAUCAAAGAAAAUCCUGAAACAGUCAACAGGAAAAAUUCAAAAGGUGUUACGGUUCUCAUGGCUGCCUGUGAACAAGGCAAUAAAGAGUUAAUAACCUUAUUGACAGAAUCUGGCGCUGAUCUCAACAUCGGCAACGAAAAGAACCAGACAGCAUUGCAUUAUGCUGUGGAGAAGUAAGGCUUGAAUUAACUAAAAUCUUCAGAUCUGCUUUUGUUUCAAAAUUUCUUGCAAUUCCAGACAAAUUGAAUAUCCAAAGAUACCAUAAUAGUGACAGUGUGACACGAUAACAACAUGAUAGUAG